ACUCUCGUCGCUUCCACCAGCUCCUCCUCCACCGUGUACAGGUGCCGCGUCACCGUUUCCCAGGGCAGUCCUGGUUCAAGUUUAGGGCCUUGCAGUUAUUAAAGGCUCCACUGCCCACGCCCAUGGUGUCGUAUCAUGGAUGACCGCUAGGUGUCAGCAGCGGCCCCUCUGGAAAACACAAGCAAGCGUUUCAUCACGAAACUUAAAUCAGAGCAAAUAAUUAAGUGUGGUUACAGCUACCUGCAGCCUCGGCCACUUGAAAUAGGGAGAGAGCAAGGGGAGGAGCGAGGACAGGUGCGGGACAGGUAGCUCCUUCCCGGGGCCUGACAGUGUGGGCAGGAUCCUCUUCCUUAGAGACAGCACCUUCCAUGAUGAAUGGAAUGAGGUUGUGGUGCCCUUGCCAAUUUUCACUCCGAAGAUGAAGCCGGUAGGCAGUGAGAGGAGUGAACGGCUUCUCCGUUUAAAGUUGCUGUUCAUGUCCUGAUGGGACGGAGGUCGUCCAGGUAGCUCCCUGGGUUCCCACACAUCCACUGGAGUACUGUGUGUGAGCCAGAAGCUGCACUGCCUGAACAGGAAUGAUUCAUAGAAGAUCAGAAAGUGUCCACGGCCGGAGCCCCCUUGCAAUGUCUCGCGGACCCAUGGAUGUUACCUUGGACCGGAUGGAUGCGGCUGGCGUCUAGAAGCCCUCCUGACUGCAGCUGCGUGGCACCCGCAGCACCCAGGUCGGUAGCAGGAAGGCACCCGCGUGGCUCUCGAGAUGUUCCUGUGUCAAAGCCCUGGGAGCUGCUUGCUGUUGCUGGUGGCCCUUACCAGCUCUGAAGCAGCUUCCGACUUGAAUGAAUCUUCCAAUUCUACUGCCCAAGAUGCACCGAAUGUCCAGUUUGCUGCUUCUAGCACAGACCCAGAUGAAAGGAUUUCUGUGUUUGAGCUGGACUAUGAUUAUGUGCAGAUUCCUUAUGAAGUCACCCUCUGGAUACUUCUGGCAUCUCUUGCAAAAAUAGGCUUCCAUCUCUACCAUCGGCUUCCGCACCUCAUGCCCGAGAGCUGCCUGCUCAUCCUGGUGGGCGCCCUGGUGGGCAGCGUCAUCUUCGGCACUGACCACAAGUCACCCCCCGUCAUGGACUCCAGCAUCUAUUUCCUCUACCUGCUGCCACCCAUCGUGCUGGAGAGCGGCUACUUCAUGCCCACCCGGCCCUUCUUCGAGAACCUGGGCUCCAUCCUGUGGUGGGCCGGCCUGGGCGCGCUCAUCAAUGCCCUCGGCAUCGGCCUGUCCCUGUACCUGGUGUGCCAGGUGCAAGCCUUCGGCCUGGGCGACCUGCACCUGCUGCAGAACCUACUCUUCGGCAGCCUCAUCUCGGCCGUGGAUCCGGUGGCCGUGCUGGCCGUGUUUGAGGAGGCGCGGGUCAACGAGCAGCUGUACAUGAUGAUUUUCGGGGAGGCGCUGCUCAACGACGGCAUCAGCGUGGUCUUAUACAAUAUAUUAAUUGCCUUCACAAAGAUGCAUAAAUUUGAAGACAUAGAGCCUGUUGAUAUUUUGGCUGGAUGUGCCCGAUUCAUCGUUGUGGGCUGUGGGGGAGUAUUCUUUGGCAUCAUUUUCGGAUUCAUUUCUGCAUUCAUCACACGUUUCACUCAGAACAUCUCAGCAAUUGAACCACUCAUUGUCUUCAUGUUCAGCUACCUGUCUUAUUUGGUUGCAGAAACGCUCUAUGUCUCGGGCAUUCUAGCAAUCACAGCCUGUGCAGUGACAAUGAAAAAGUAUGUGGAAGAAAAUGUGUCCCAGACAUCCUACACAACCAUCAAGUAUUUUAUGAAGAUGCUAAGCAGUGUCAGUGAGACCCUCAUCUUCAUCUUCAUGGGUGUGUCCACCAUUGGGAAAAACCACGAGUGGAACUGGGCCUUCAUCUGCUUCACUCUAGUCUUCUGCCAGAUCUGGAGAGCUAUCAGCGUGUUUGCCCUCUUCUAUAUCAGUAACCAGUUUCGGACUUUUCCCUUCUCCAUCAAGGACCAGUGCAUAAUUUUCUACAGUGGUGUUCGUGGAGCUGGAAGUUUUUCACUUGCGUUUUUGCUUCCUCUGUCUCUUUUUCCUAGGAAGAAACUGUUUGUCACUGCUACUCUAGUAGUUAUCUAUUUUACUGUGUUUAUUCAGGGAAUCACAAUUGGGCCUCUGGUCAGAUACCUGGAUGUCAGAAAGACCAAUAAAAAAGAGUCUAUCAAUGAAGAGCUUCAUAUCCGACUGAUGGAUCACUUGAAGGCUGGCAUUGAAGAUGUGUGUGGGCAGUGGAGCCACUACCAAGUGAGAGACAAGUUUAAGAAGUUUGAUCAUAAAUACUUACGGAAAAUCCUAAUCCGAAAAAACCUACCCAAAUCAAGUAUUGUUUCUUUAUACAAGAAGCUGGAAAUGAAACAAGCUAUUGAGAUGGUAGAGACUGGCAUACUAAGUUCUACAGCGUUUUCUGUACCAUAUCAGGCCCAGAGGAUACAAGCGACCAAGAGGCUCUCCCCUGAAGACGUGGAGUCCAUGAGAGACAUUCUGACACACAACUUGUACCAAGUUCGACAAAGGACCCUGUCCUACAACAAGUACAACCUCAAGCCCCAGACCAGCGAGAAGCAGGCAAAAGAGAUCCUGAUCCGCCGGCAGAACACACUGAGGGAGAGCCUGCGGAAGGGCCACAGCUUGCCCUGGGGAACGCAGGUUGGUGCCAAAAACAUCCGCUACCUGUCCUUCCCCUAUAGCAAGCCACAGUCCGGGAGGAGAAAAGCAGGCGCUGUGGAGGCCACAGGUAACGCGCAUGAUGAUAGCAGUGACCUUGGAUUUCCAUCCAUCAUGUUCAGUGCGCACCCCCAGUUGGGGUCACUUCGGGAAAGCCGGCUUGCGCAGGAGGUGAUUCCCUUGAAGAGCUUAUCCCAAAGUGAGAUGGCAGACCCCUUUAGAGAUGGCAGAGACCCUGGCCCAGGCAAAAGGGCGGUGGUCCGACCCAGGCCACUGUUCCUCGCCUUGGAUGAGGAGUUUGAGUCCGGGGAGGACAGCGAGGAGGAGGCCUCAGCCCUCAGGGCCAGGUGGAUAGCAGAGCGUGGACACAGCAGGGAACACUACCAGUCCUAUAGCCCUCUGCUCCAUAGGAAAUAGUGCUGCUGCCCACGUGACUAUUUCUGCUUUCUAUGUGUUCAUUUUCCACUGUCAUGAAAGAGGGAUUUUCAGAUGGGAGCUAUGGAGUUUGCUUUCUUGAAGCUACUGGACAUGCGUCUCUAAGAGCCUGGAAGCUGUUUGGGAAAUUGGAACUUGCAGAGGGAGCUGCAUUCUGAACUGGAUAGUGAAGAAACAGAAGUCGAUUCCCAGACCUUCCUAAGAUCACCUCCCUCAAGGCCCACUAACCAUCUUGUGUACUGAGAUACAGGUGUGAUAGGUUUUCGAUUCAUGUUGACCACAUGUAUGUGCAACUUAAAAUCAAGUGGAGCAGGGAAGGGCCUUUGCAAUCUCCUGGCUCAAACCCUGUGUUCAUGGAUAAAGACACCGUGGCCAAGGCCAGGGUGAGCUGUUCUCCCUCCAGGGAAUGCAUUUGUUUUUGAUUUUGAUAUCAAUAUGCAAUAUUUCUAUCUCAAAAGAAAGGUGAAGAUUUUUAUAACAUUGCUGCAUCCCGUCAGCAACACUGGUUGAUGUGACGCACGCUAAUGGACUCAGCCUGUUCUAUUUUGAUUUUCAAAACAAUUAUUAGAAACACAACGGCCACAGAGUUUAACAUGAGCUACAGGUGUUCAUUAGGUGUCCAUAGUAGUGUGGAAUAUUUUGCUGAGUUGGGAGCUACUCUUCAAAGUGUUUUCCUCCUUGAUUUUCCUAGAUUUUAUCCUGAACCGCACACUCCAGCUUGCCAACUUUACCGAAUGACUUCACCUUUCCUCCUUCUGCCCUCUCUUUCUCCUUCCCUUUCUUUUUCCUUUCCAUUAAUAAUCAGGUCUUGGGCUUUAUGUAAUGUGCCAAAUUAAUAAUAUGAUAAUUAACCACAUAUCCUUUUGCCACAUUACUGUGUCUGGCAUCUCCACCAUCCUCAACUGAUUUUUAAUCUUGCCCAUAUUUAAAGGCCUCAAUCAAAUGUUCCCUAGAUCUGCCGUAGCCCCUUUGUCCCAUUGAUUUUGGGGGUGGGCCACGGACUUAUCUGUGACUAUCACUUCUGCAUGAACAUAUAUGUUUAUUCCGGCAUCCCAGGGUGAAGGACAAGGGACAGUUUGUUCAGUUAAAGUCUCAGAUAUAUCUCUGUUGUGACAUCUAUCUCUUUGCAUUCCCCUUUGUGUACUUUUUUAGGUUUUAUCAAUUUUUUCUGUGUUCAGUUAUUAUAAUGUCUUGCACUUGGUGACUGCUUAUAAAUGUGAUCUGCUGCUAACAGUGCAGAGCUGAAAGGGAUGUUGGGGAAGCGGCUUUAUUUUCUAGAUGUCAAAAAUGAGGGCCUGGGAUAUCACCAGAUGCCAGCUUGGAGUCUGCUGUCCCUUAGAGGGAAGAGCACUUGUCUUGGGGGUACAACCUGUGAGCAAACCAAAGACAUUUGGCUUUGCCGAAGAUUUACAUGUUGUGACUGAUUCUCACCCAGCUGCUGCAGUGGAGGAAAUGGCAAAGGAGCUCAUUUGUUGAUCACCUUCUGAAGCUGUAAUAUAAUGCUGCUUCUCAUCUAAAUAUUUUUAUUUUAUUUUAUUUUCAAAAAUAUUUUUAUUUUAAUAAAAACU